GCAAAAACAGUGCUUGGACUGCAAACAUGGCAGAUAAGUGGAGGCACACCGCUCUCCUCGUUAUUGACAUGCAGAACGAUUUUAUAAAAGAAGACGGAUUGUUGAGAGUUGAUGGAGGGAAAUACAUAGUCCCCAAUGUUAUUAGAGCCGUUGAGAUUGCCAGGCAGCGUGGCAUCCUCGUCGUUUGGGUUGUUCGUGAGCAUGACCCAUUUGGAAGAGAUGUUGAACUUUUUCGCCGGCACCUGUACUCAGAUGGUAAGGUUGGUCCAACCAUUAAGGGAAGUAAAGGUGCAGAGCUGGUAGAUGGCCUUGUGAUUAAAGAGGGGGACUACAAGUUGGUGAAGACACGUUUCAGUGCAUUUUUUGCUACCCAUCUGCAUUCAUUCCUUCAAAGUGCUGGGAUUAAUAAUCUUGUCAUUGUUGGCGUUCAAACUCCAAAUUGCAUCAGGCAAACCACCUUUGAUGCUGUAGCACAUGACUAUAAACCUGUUACUCUUAUUGUCAAUGCCACUGCCGCGGCUACACCUGACAUACAUGCUGCCAAUAUCUCAGACAUGAAAAAUAUUGGAGUUGAAACACCAACAUUACAGGAAUGGUCCGAGGCUAAUACUUGAGCUAUUGACUGAAUCUGGUUGCACUUACAAGGCAGCUUAUCAAAUUCUGAAACCAGGUCACUCCCACCUUGCAGUGCUUGUACUCCAUAAUGGUCUGUUUGAAUCCACACAAUGAUUAAAGGUACUUGUUUCUUCCUUGAAAAUGAUGUGUUAUCUAAAUAUAAUAAGCUCAAGACUUUGUAGUCUAUCAUGUUUGUUAUCAAUCCUUUUCAAGGUUAGAUUGUCUUAAUGUUCCCUAAAUAAUGCACUCAAUAACAUUUUGAUCCCAAGGAAGACUUGUAGAGUACCUAGUCAAAUUAUUUGCAAAAAAGUCGCUUCCUUGCU